UUGCCAGGGGUUCUGAUAGGUUGCGUCGUAAGGCUUGUCGCCUCCAGGCCCCGCCCCACUGGAAAGAAAGGAGCGAAUCAGGUGACGCGAGCCCCAGAGGCCCUGGAGGCUGUGCCUUGGCGAUUUCGGUCCCGGCGCCCUGGUCCUGAAGUUCUUGGGGUGGCGAAGGGUCCAACGCAGAAAGUUGGUAAGAGCAGAUUUGGCCAGUUCCUGACACGCUGAGUCGAAAGCAAUGCUCCUGAAAAUAGUGCUCUUGCUGGCCCUUGUGGCCCAAGUGCUGGCGCUAGACAAUGGGCUUCUGAGGACGCCCCCCAUGGGCUGGCUGGCCUGGGAACGCUUUCGCUGUAACAUAGACUGUGACCAGGACCCAAAGAACUGCAUCAGUGAGCGCCUCUUCAUGGAGAUGGCUGACCGGUUGGCAAAGGAUGGAUGGCGGGAUCUGGGCUACAACUACCUCAAUAUUGAUGACUGCUGGAUUGGCGGGCGCGAUGCCAAAGGCCGCCUGGUGCCUGACUCCAAGCGCUUCCCCCACGGCAUUGCCUUCCUGGCUGACUACGCUCACUCCCUGGGUCUGAAGCUGGGCAUCUAUGCAGACAUGGGCAACCUAACCUGCAUGGGUUACCCGGGCACCACACUAGACAAGGUGGAGCAGGAUGCCCAAACCUUCGCCGAGUGGAAGGUGGACAUGCUGAAGCUGGACGGCUGCUUCUCAAGCCGAGGGGAUCGGGCCAAAGGGUACCCCAUGAUGGCUGCUGCACUGAAUGCCACAGGCCGCCCCAUCGCCUACUCCUGCAGCUGGCCAGCCUACGAAGGAGGCCUGCCCCCCAGGGUGGACUACAGUCUGCUGGCUGACAUCUGCAACCUCUGGCGCAACUAUGAUGACAUCCAGGACUCCUGGAAGGACGUGCUGUCUAUCCUAGACUGGUUUGUGCUCCACCAGGACAUCCUGCAGCCGGUGGCUGGCCCUGGGCACUGGAAUGACCCAGACAUGCUGAUCAUUGGGAACUUUGGCCUCAGCUUCGAGCAGGCCCGGGCCCAGAUGGCCCUGUGGACAGUGCUGGCGGCGCCCCUCUUCAUGUCCACGGACUUGCGUACCAUCUCCGCCCAGAACGUGGAGAUUCUGCAGAAUCCCCUCAUGAUCAAGAUCAACCAGGACCCCUUGGGUAUCCAGGGGCGCAGGAUUGUUAAGGAAAAAUCGCAAAUUGAAGUGUUCAUGCGACCCCUGUCUGAUGAGGCCAGUGCCCUGGUGUUCUUCAGCCGCAGGACAGACAUGCCUUUCCGCUACCGUUCGUCCCUGGGCCAGCUGCAGUUCCCUGGCUCCAGAGUGUAUGAGGCCCAAGAUGUCUUCUCGGGGCAAGUCAUCACAGGCCUCAGAGACAAAACCAACUUCACAGUGAUCAUCAACCCUUCGGGAGUAGUGAUGUGGUACCUGUAUCCCAUCAAGAACCUGGAGAUAGCCGAGUGGAAGUCCCAGGAAUGAAGAGACAAGGCAGAGCACAGGCCGCUGUGGCCCCGUGGAGCUCGCAGCAUGCAGGCUGGGCAUGCCGGGGCGGGGGGGUAGAGCCCUCUCUUCCCCGGGCCUGCUUGGCCACCUGACCCCGUCAUUCCUGAAGUGCAGUCACAGGCCCAGGCUCCGUGCUCACCCCAGUGGGAGCACUCUCGGAAACUUCCCUCGGGGGAAUUUCCUGUGCUUGUCGGCCUCUACCUCAUCCCAUGGCCUCACAGAUGUUGCUGAACGACGUGUGCAGCCUCCUGGGCCCCAGCGGCGGGGGCACUGAUGCCUAGCAGGACCCGAGCCUCUGGCCUUGUUGGUUCCAAAACCAGGAUUAGGAAUUUUUCUGACGAGAGGUAGAGAUCCGACCUCUUGUCAAACUCCCAUGAACUGUGUCAUUGGCUAAUAGCACCUGGAGGGCGGGUCACAAGGGAGACCCUGAGUCCCUUUACAUCACCAAUAAAGCUGUUCUUUAGAUGCGUAGUUAUAAGUGAACCUGCAGUCG